AUGAAAUCUAAGGCAAAAGGAUGGAAAGGCUUAAUUUUGGCCCAACCCUGUAGAGCAGUUUUAAAUAGAUCACUUUUAGCUAGUAUUCCUACUUAUCUUAUGGGAUGCUUCCUUCUACCAAAGAAAAUAACUAAUAAAAUAGAUGCUAUUCAAAGAGAUUUUUGGUGGGGUAAGGAUGCAGGGGGCAAAGGAUAUUACCCUAAGGCUUGGCCAUCACUUUGUAAACCAAUUCUUAAAAGAGGAUUGGGUUUUAAGGAUGCUAGGAAAUUAAAUCUUGCUAUGUUGGCCAAGUUAGCAUGGAGAAUGGUAAAAGAGCCUGAUGCUCUAUGGGUAAAAACUAUGGGUGCUAGAUAUUUCAGAAACAAAUCUCCUCUGAGAACUAAAUGUUCUGCUAAAAUCUCUUGGACUUGGAAAUGCAUUAGACAAGGAUUAGAUUUAGUGCAAAAAUACAGUAUUUGGGAAGUGGGAAAUGGGCAAGAUAAACAUUUGGAAGGAUAA